CAACACUUAGUCUGUCUAAUACCUUGUAAUACAUAUUUUCCGAAUGCCUUUAGCAUAUCUUGGUAAACUUCCGGUAAACGCAAGAGUUUUCAUUUUUACAACACACUUCAGAACCUAAAGACAGAAAAAACAAAACAAAAAAAAAACAAGUUGGAUAACAAAAUUACUCAAACACACACAUAAAACAGUAGAAUAUCACAGAUAUUCAACCGAACUGUAGUAAACCAGAACAAGAACCUUUCGGCCCCAGUUAAAAUUAAGUGUUCUCGUUGCCCCCAUCAUCAUCUUGAUAUCCAUUUUCCAUUUCCCGGAAGCGGAAUGCAGCAGAAUAUCUGGAGCUCGCCGCAGGUGGGUGGCUCUGGCGGGGCCCUGAAGGCCCUGGCCCGCAAUGUGGCCAAUCAUCUGAAGCUGAACAGGAGCAGCCUGAAGCGUGUGGUGGCCCAGGUGGUGGCCGAGCAUCACACCCUGGGCGAGGUGGCCGACUACAAGGGCCACAUGUACUUCGCCAAGCCGGAUCGCCUCAAUUUCCAGGAGCUGAUCGCCCAGUCCAAGGAGGCCUUCGAUGAUCUGCUGCUCCACGAGCCGCGUGCGGCCGCCAAGCGAAGAGCUGCCCUCCGUCAGCGUUCGAGGAAUCCGGCCUCGUCCAAGGUGAAUCUACAGAUGAAGGUGUCUCCCCCCCAGCUGAGCAGAGGGGCGAAGAAGGCUUCGGUGCCCCCGAAGAGUGAGCCGCCGGCGAAGCCCUCGUUGCCCAGGAAUCAGCGUCGCAGGAAGAGCUCCACCACCAUUUUCCAGCUGGCGGAUGCAGGUCGUCGUAGUCUAAACGGUGUCAUUAUCGACGACACGCAUUUGCCGCACGAUGGUGAACAGCGGGAGAUCCUCCUGCAUGUUCCUUCGACGCUGGCCAGGCGCUCUCGCAAGCGUCUCCGUUCUGCGGCAGAGAAGAAUCCGGAGAAGGACCAGGCUCAGAAGAAUCUGAAACCCAAAAAGAACCCUGCCCAAGCUGAGCCAAAGCCCAGUGUAAAUCAGGACAAGAAGAACCAGGAGGUGCAGACGAUGCAGCCGGCGAAGAAGCGUCUUCCGCAGAAGAAUCGCCGCAAAGAACUGAAGCCAAAGCCGCCGCAGGAAGAAAAGCCGCCAGAGAAGUCUUCGCAAAAUACAACUCGCUCUGUGUUGCCAGCCAAGAAGAAGCCAGCGGCGCCGAAAGUGAGCCCCACAGCUCGCUCGCGAAGAUCCCAGAGAAGAAUCAAAGCCAAGGGUCAGACCUUCCACAAACGCAUGAAGGCAGGCGACAGCCAAAGCUCACCUCGCAGACCUGCGGCUGGGAAGAAUCCCGUUCAGAGGACCAACACCCGGUUGCAGGUAAGACCGCUGAAGAAGAGACUACCCUUGCUGCGAAGAACCUACGAGAAGCCCUGGCUAGUGAGACGCUCGAAGCGAAGACGCCUCUCUGGAGGCUCCCAGGUGGCCAGGCAGAGGCCGAACAAAAGCCCGGUGAGGCCGAAAAAACUGGAUAACACCGAUGUGGAGUGGGCGGAGCAGUCGGAGCCAACGGCGCGGAGCAACAAGGCGGAGGCGAAGAAGAGCUCCCCGAAGCUGCGGUCCAAGCGUUCGUCCCACGUUGGGCGCCAAAUGCGCAAUGUGAACUUUCCCUGGUACACUCCUUACCAGUUUCAGGGCGCCGCCGGAGCCACCCAGACACCCAACAAGGGAGCGAGCAUACCGCCCUUCCAGUUGCUGAGGGAGAAGAAUCGCCAACUCAACCAAAGGCUGGCGGUCAGCCAGCCAAUACCCCAGAGUCGACGGGCACCCAACAUCACCAGUCGCCAGAGGCACCAUCGCCGGAUGCAGGAGCGCCUGAUGAGGGAUUUGCUGCGCGAGGAGGCCAUCGAUGAGCCCUUGAGCAAUGGAUCGGGCGUGUUUCGACGUUCUCGCGGCGGCUGGCAGGCGCCCAGGUCCAGGGAAACCAUGCAGCAGACCUCCAAAAGCCCCAUGGCCAAAACCCCCAUCAAAUCCGAGCCCGAGCAGCAGGAUCAUCGUUCUGUGGAGCGCGUGAGCUCGCGGAUCAAGCGUUUGGCGAAUGACAGACGCUGCCGCCAGCCCAUCGCCACCAGCGAGCGGAUCAUGAUCCCGCCGCCAAAGACCAUCAAUGAUGCCACUCAGAAUCGUGCCCGUUCGAGUACCCGGAUGCGUCGAAGAUACCGCUCCGUUCCGGUGGACAGCAGCCUGGGCAGCAUUGCCCUGAUGGGCCAGCCGCAGCAGUCGAAGCAGGCCCUCACCCCGGCCAAGCGGCACCUGACCAUCGCCUUCAUGAACAAGAGAUCCGAGCGCUCCAGUCCGGCCGUCCAGCACUGGAAGUAGGUCUGCGGAUGCCGCUUCAUUUGAUCAGUUAACCCACACCCCCCUUCUUUGGCACUCACUUUUCCCACCAUUCACCGAUUCUGUUUGUUUGUUGGAGCUAAAUAAAUUAUCAAGUUGGAAUGCCGAUUGCAAGGCAUUUUUCCCAUAUUGCAUAUGCUUUACAAA